AUGCCCGAGAUCUACAUUGAGAUGAGCAAUAGGAGCCCUAAGAAGCUGCGCUCGGUCGCAGUCUGGUCUGCCGUUAUUUGCACUGCUGUUUACUUCAUUAUUGCCAUCUCGUUCCUUCUGGUUUUCGGUUCUGAUGCACGGAGUAGUGUCUUGCUUAACAUGGCUGAUUGGGUUCCCCAGGGUGAUGUUGUUGUCAUCAUUGGCUUCAUUUGGACGGGCAUUUCAUUCACUGGCACUUAUCCGUGUAUGGUGUAUCCUGUCUGUGUUGCCCUCAUCAACACCUUCCAACCAAAGCGUGCUGACUUCUGA